AUGAUUCGUCGUUUUGGCAAUAAAGGAUUGAAGAACCAUGAGUCGGUCAGUGAAGUUCAUGAAUAUGAACUGGAAAAAAAUGUGAGUCCAGCAACAAACUCAUUACAAGAACGAGGUAAUACUGUUUUUUCUCUGGAUUUAUACGAAUUUCAGUCUCUUGAUGAUGAAUUUGCCUGUGUGAAAGCUUAUAAUAAUGAUAACUUUUCAAUUGAUGCUGAUGAUGAAUCGAUGGAUGAAAAUCCUGUGAUGGUUUUUAGUUCUGUGGCUUUAGAAAUAGCUGGCAAUGAAAAUGAGGAAAUAAUUCAUAAAUAUGUAGACUUUGAUGACUAUGAUGUUUCUUUUAAGACUUGGGAAGAUGACUCUGUAAAACCGGAUGAUUCUAGUGCAACCUUGAUGCUGCAAACUGAUGAUGAUGAUAAGGAUGUCCUUCAGGGAUCAUUUGCUUGCACUGAUGAUUAUGAUACUUCUUUAAAAUUUUUGGUUGAUGAUUCUGCAAAAUUGAAUGCUACUGAUGGUUACAUUCUGUUUAAUAAGUUGGAUGAUAUACCUGAGAGUUUGAGGAAAGAAGAUAAUACAAUGUAUUUAGAGUUUUUGGAUAAUGAGUUUUUGACUGUAGAAGAUGAACUUUGA